AUGGCGCAUCAUGCGAUGAUUGAACUUGAACAAGCAUCACAUAUUAUUUUGGCACCUCCAAAUCUCGUAACUUCUGAGCAGAGGCAUGCCGCAGAGAAUGUUAUACUGUCAUUCAGGAAGACCAAACUACCUUACACAACCUGCAAGUAUAUAAUGGAAAACAGCAAAAUUGACUAUGUGCUGUUUCAAGGGGCAACUACAAUCAAGGAGGCCAUUGUACGAGAAUGGACGUUGUUGUCUGCUGAAGAUGUGGAGUCUCUUCGGUCAUUUCUGCUCCGGUACAUCACCAAGAAUAUCAGUUUGCAGAGUUACGUCAGAGAACAGGUGCUGCAGACAGUGGCAGUGAUUCUCAAGCGGAGCACGCUCGACACAAAGGGCACGACCUGCGACAGUUUGUUCCAGGACGUCACUCAGCUCAUUGGCUCUGGCAAUGUCACCAUGCAACUCGUAGCGUGUUCCAUGCUGACAGCCUUGUUGAAUGAGUAUUCCAGUUCCAGUAGAACAAGCAGUGUAGGGUUUACGUGGGAGUUCCACAUACGGUGUAAACGUGCCUUUGAGGAGCAUGACCUGAAGAAAGUGUUCAUGUUCUGUCUCCAAGUUCUGCAUGAGAUCGACCAGGAACCGAAUCCUCUGACUCGUGAAGCUAUCGCCGUCCUAAACAGAGUGCUGUCUAUCGCAGAGCAAGUUCUCUGCUGGGAAUUUACACCCAAAACAUUAGUCCGCAAACACAUUGGGUCGUUUGAGAGUAACCAGAACAUCACACUGAGACCAAACGAAACAUGGAGGAGCACACUUCUAGAUGCUGAUAUGCUUAACAUGUUCUUCAAGAUUCACAAGAAAGCUCGCCACAAUUCUGAAAUGGCCCACCACUCCAUGCAGUGCCUUUCACAGCUUGCCUCGCUCAAUGGUUCAGUGUUUGCUGAUGACAAGGCGAAGACCCAGUAUCUUACUGUGUACACUGACGGUUUCCUCCAGUUAUUACAGAGCAUUGAUCUUCAAGACUAUGAAAACCUUGGAGUGGCUAACAGUUUUAAGAACCUGGUGAUGAUGUUUCCGAUCUCAUCCUUUAUGUCGCUGCCCCCGGGUCACUUCCAGGCGUUCAUUGACUGCAUGACUCGAUUAACCUGUUCACUGGGGAGACAAGCCGCUCUUGAGGAAUUGGUGAACCGCGACGAGACAAUCCACAUGGAGGGGUAUGAGAAGAUGCUGGAGACUUGGAUGCAGCUGGUGCCCGACUUGAAUCAGAUGCCGGCCGGCGCGUUGAAACCUCAUGCCACCGAGGUGUUCAACUCCUAUGUACAGUGUCACAUCAGCGCUCCCGACGGGGUCAGGACCGCGACGUCUUGCAGUGGCACCGACGAUGACGAAGAGAUUGAUGAGAUAGAAGAAGACGACCGUGACAGGUUUCAGGAUCAGCUGUGCUGUGUCGGGACGCUCGGUCGACUGAUUCCAGAACACAGCAUUCCUCUUCUCGCCAAAGUUCUAGAAGAUCGUGUGAGCAGACUACACGGCCAGUUACAGCGCUUCCAGCAGCAGAGAUCGUCCAUCGGUUUACACGAUGCAACAAUUGACAUGUCCAUCCUCACCGUUCUCCACGAAGAUAUUCACUGGCUUAUCCUAGCCGCAGCCCAUGUACUUACAGAAGAAUCAGAAGGAGAAACGCCCAUGAUUCCCUCCGAAAUAAUGGAAUAUUCCAUCAGUCAGUCCACAAAUAUAAAUAUUCAUACGACUUUAAAAGUAUUAGCUUCUCCUGGUGAAUGGAUGAGCAGUAUACCGGGCAGCGAACAGUGUACAGACAAUGUUGUCAGAUUGAUCUCAGCGGUGUUUCGGCUGUGUGAGGUGGAGACGAGGGCGGUGAACGUCAAACUCACCGACUGCCUCAGUCCGCAGGUUGGCAGGACCGCCAUGUGGUUCCUCAGCAGAUGGGCAAGAGUCUACUUGUUACCCGACGAAAACUUUUACUCACAGAUCAGCAUGGCUCUGUCGGCCGCGUUUGGUCGUGAUACAGAGGGAGCACAGUGGACGAUCGGGUUUCUUCUUCAAAAAGUCAUCUCCAAUCUGACAGUGUGGAGUGCGGAGGAGAAAUUCAUGGAAGACACACUGCAGCUGUUAGUGGCGCUGGUGGAUCACAAAACCAGAGCCUCUUAUGUAGUGAAAAGUGAUCUCUUGUGGAACUUGGCGAAGAUGGAAGCUACCAAUGACAGCACGGUUUCAGUCCUCACGUCCACAUGUCGUCGUUUGCUCACUAAAGCUCUAGUCUUGGCGGGGUCGGGCUUCAACGACUCGACUCUACGGGAAGAGUACUGGAAAAUUGUUCUCCAGUCGAUUCAUGACAGGUUUUAUUCUCUAGUCUGCAACAAGAACUUCACAAAGUUGCGCCACACGGGCGAGGUGAAGGAGGACGUCAUCGUGCUGCUGGAGACCCUGCUCGGCAUCGCGGAAGGGUCAAGGGUCGACAAUCUCGACCGGAUGUUCCUCUUUCUCUCCCCACUGCUGGCCGAGAGCGUCAAACUUCUGGAUGUGUACCACAGUUACGAAGAUGUUGUGCCGCUUAUUCUUGAACUCUUCUCGGAAGUUGUCAACAGACACCUGUGCUAUCUUGGAGAGACAAAGUCUCAAAAACUCUAUGAUCUCUGUCUGUCGGUGAUCCAGAUGUACUCCAAACACAACUCAGGGAAGCGUGUGAUGGAGUUCAGUGAUGAAGAAGAGAACAAGUACAACGACAUCCUCAUUGUCAUGGAACUGUUGACCAAUCUCCUGUCAAAGGACUUCAUUGAUUUUGGAGAAUCAGAAGAGGGAGUUCCGCAAGGCGGAGGUCAGAUGUCUGCAGCUGAUGUCGUUCUCUAUGGUCUAAAUAUCAUUGUGCCUUUAAUGAAUGAAGAAUUGCUCAAGUUCCCGUCACUGUGCUCGCAGUAUUUCAAGCUGGUGUCGUUCCUGGGCGAGGUCCACCCCGACAAGUUCACCAGUCUUCCAGCCGACCUCUUCAAGACUCUGAUGGGAUCCGUGGAGCUUGGGCUGUCCAUAUUUGGACCGGACAUCACCAAGAUGUGUUUGGAGAUCAUUGCCUCGCUGGCCUCGCACAUCUUCCAGACGAACAUCACUCACAGCUACCUCCUGGCAGCCUUGUCACACUUUCUCAAGCUGGUAUUCCACAUGCUGCUGUUGGAGAGUUUUGACAUGGACCUGCUCGAGACGGCCAGCUGCACAUUCUUCUGUCUCAUCUGCUGUCACCAGGAUCAGUACCGAGACCUUGUGAACCAGCUCCUACAGAACCAGAUGGAACCGGAUUACAAGCAGCGUCUGCUCGAAGCUUUCAAUAACCUGACUCCGCCCACACUGAACAUGACAAUAAACCGACACAGCAAGAUCACUUUUAUGCACAACUUCGACCAGUUUCUCAUCAACGUCCGUGCUUUUCUCUGUGUCAAGUGAUGCAGUGGAACACACACGACAUAUUAUUUAUUCUAUUUUUAUGAUAUUAAGAUGCAUUUUGUAGAACAAGUGCCUUCAGGCAAUACAGUAUACUCAGAGACAUUCCAUCCAGCCAUCUCGUUAGGCAGUGGAUUUCCUUGGGGUUUUCCACUGGUGGGCUUUCCAUUGGCGUAUGUCUCAGCUAUCACAUUAUGCUACAGUUUAUUGUGACAAAUAAACACAGAUUCGUAAUCUUGUCGCUGCCAGUUUGGUGGUUGAACAUGCAUGAAGCUAUUUUCUAUUUGUACAAGUAUUUUAUAUCAGUAUAUUUUAACACUGUUAUUCAGUUCUCAAACUGAAAAGAUUCCAAAGUUAUAGUAACUUUUGUGACUAUUAAUUUAUGGUUGUUUAAGAGGAUUGUUUAUAAUUAUGAUUCAAAAAAUCCUUAAUGAGGGAAAGCUUAAGACUUGGAAUAAAUAUUUUACUGAUACUUUGUAAAAAUUACUAAAAUUGUUACAAGCAAAGAAGAAUUAUUGCACAAACUCCUGAGAGUACAUUCCAAGGCACUGAACACAUCACAUGUGUAAAGUCUUUGAAUCAACCAGGUUGUUUUCAAGACCAUCUGUAAAGCAGAUUAGGUGUGUAGAAGCCAGUAGAUAAAGCACCAGUCCACUGAUAGAUGUAUUUGAAAUUUACUCAUUUCAGCACAUCUUAACCUAGUUAGUGAUAGAACAGGUUAAAGUCUUACUGGUUAAUGCUGGUUGCAUGUGGUUUGGUAUGUGGCGUGUGUAGGUGUGUGUAUGUAUUGUAUGCUUGCAGGUUCAUCAACCAUUUGUUGUUGUUUAUUAGUAACAGUCUCACAUGUAUAGACGAAACAUUGUGGGUUGAAUUUACAAAUGGUUAUUAUCCCUUAGUCACGUGUAAUUUCCCAAAGCUGACAUGCAUUCAAUAAUUUAGGAUCAUAUUUUGUCCAUUACAAUAAUUGCACAUAUCUAAAAUAAAUGCACGAUGAUGACCUUUUGUAGAUUCAGCCCACUAUGUGUCGCCUACGGUACUUAACAUGUUUAUAGUUUAAGUGGCAUUCUCACUAUUCAAUUAAUCAUACUGACUAAUAAGUAUAAGGCUAUAAAGUCAUUCCGAUUUAGAUGGUCUCACAGUACGAUUCAGUCGCGUGCGACUAAUUGCAUGAUGAGAACGCCUCUGUAUGAAGCACAAAGCUCAGUUGGCAUGUAAACCUUUUUGUUUUACUUAAUCGUGUAAAUUUUAAGUAUACUUUAUGAGCAUUAAUCAAUUUCUUGUAAUUGGUAUAUUGUCUGUCCCUCAGUCCUUCCAUGUACAGCUGUUUCACUAGAACUAUAUUUUAUGAUGUGUAUACUCUAUCCUCAUUCAAUAUUCAGCCUGUUUAACGAGGAAGAUUCAAUUUUUUUGGUAUUUUGACAUAGAAUAUGUCAAUGAUUUAGGUUUUUUUUUGUUAUUAAAUAUUUGGGUUUUAAUUCCUGCUAUAUUCAACCUUGUGCUCCAUUAAUUCAAAAUAGUUUAUAUAUUUUAUCAAUUGUUGUUUUUAAAGACAUUCUUUAGUUCACAAAUUUCAACAUUUUUUACAACAGUAUGCAGUUUGUAUGACGAAGGGGUUACUGCGAACAUAUGCUUGUAAACGAGCAAAAAUUUUUGUUAAAAAAAUGCUUUACAAAAUCAGCAUUUUUUAUAAAAUGCUUUUAGGUAUGGUGUGGAGAGGGUUGUUAAAAAAACAACAAACAAAAAAAACAUGACACUAUUUGUGAAUCUUCGUACUACCUUUUUUUAUUUUCACUUAAUUUUUUUGCUUAUAUCCAGUUAUGAUUCAAGCAAGCUGCUCUGGGCACAUACACAAUAUCUUGGCUGUCUGCCCACUAAAAUAGUCAUGAGACUAUACAGCUGCACCUGUUCCUCGAUGUAUAUUCAUUAAUAGGGUAGAUCUGGGUGUGGGGAGGGCGAGCUGUGGUAUUCACCAUCUCACCAAACUUUUAAAGUUUGCCAAAAAUCCAGCAUUUAAUGGAUGGAUAUGCCUAUGAUAAUUAUUCUUUGUAUUUUAGUGUUGGAGAUGAAAUCAUUGUGGUCGGCUGGGUUUUCCUAUGUAAUAAUGCAUGUUAGUUUAAAUGAAAUACAGUCAAUUGAUCAUCAGUAUAUUUUUGAUACAUCAAUGGUCAAAAAGAUAAAUUGACAGAAUGUACUAGUAAAAUCUUAUGUCAAAUAAAAAUUAUUGGUAACAUUAGAUUGGAGCUCUGGAAAUGUAGUGUUGUAGCCGUGGGUUUUUUUUUUUUUUUUUUUAAAUUGCAUUCCCUUCAAAAACUUCUCCUGCCCAUGAUGAAUCACAUGCAUUAGGGCUUAAAAUAAUGGGGGGGGGGGGGGGGGGGGGG